GUGUGGGUGACGGGAGGGGGAGGGAGCCAGGCAGAGCUGAUCCCACGUGUGACGCUCGCAUUCCCGGCUCAGUAAUAUUCUCUUAGCUCUGACAGUGUGUGUGUUAGUUACUGGCCAUAGUUGGGUUAGCCAUGGAGGGAGACGGGAGCCAAGCCACAUCUGGAAGCCCUAACGAUUCGCAACACGACCCGGGUAAAAUGUUUAUCGGUGGCCUCAGCUGGCAAACUUCACCAGACAGCCUUAGAGACUAUUUUAGUAAAUUUGGAGAAAUCAGAGAAUGUAUGGUGAUGAGAGAUCCCACGACAAAACGCUCCAGGGGAUUUGGCUUCGUUACAUUUGCGGAUGCGGCCAGUGUAGAUAAGGUCCUAGCUCAACCUCACCACGAAUUAGACUCAAAGACGAUUGAUCCUAAAGUUGCCUUUCCAAGACGCGCUCAACCCAAGAUGGUCACAAGAACAAAGAAAAUAUUUGUAGGCGGAUUAUCAGCUAACACAGUAGUUGAAGAUGUGAAGCAGUAUUUUGAACAGUUUGGCAAGGUAGAAGAUGCAAUGCUUAUGUUUGAUAAAACUACAAAUAGACAUAGAGGAUUCGGCUUUGUAACUUUCGAGAACGAGGAUGUGGUGGAAAAGGUCUGCGAGAUUCAUUUUCACGAAAUCAAUAAUAAAAUGGUAGAAUGUAAGAAGGCCCAGCCGAAGGAAGUGAUGUUUCCUCCAGGGACGAGGGGGAGAGCCAGGGGUCUGCCCUACACCAUGGACGCCUUUAUGCUGGGAAUGGGCAUGCUGAGUUAUCCAAACAUUGUAGCAACGUAUGGCCGAGGAUACACUGGUUUCGCCCCAAGCUACAGCUACCAAUUCCCUGGCUUCCCGGCAACAGCGUACGGUCCAGUAGCGGCAGCGGCAGCAGUGGCGGCAGCGCGUGGCUCAGGUAGGGGGGCCCGUGGAAGAGGCGGCUACGCAGCAUACCCUCAGAGCACAGGGCCAGGCUUCCCCGAUUACGGUUUCUAUUCCUCGCCAAGCGACCAACGGGGGCCCCCCUUCUCCUUUGCGGACUAUGGCUCCCUGGGCCCCCAGGCGGCUCAGCUGCUGCAAAGCGAGCAUGCCACAUCAGCCUGCAACUCCCCUCUCCAGCACCUGGCCAGCCCGGAUCAGUAUAAGAGCCCAGGCACCAACCCGCCCCGGCCUGGAGCCUUUCCUGGAGCCAGCAGUCCCGGGCCAGUGGCUGACCUGUACGGCCCCACCAGCCAGGACUCCGGUGUGGGCAACUAUAUUAGCGCUGCUAGUCCCCAGCCCGGCUCCGGCUUCGGACACAGCAUUGCUGGUCCUUUGAUUGCGACAGCUUUUACAAAUGGAUACCAUUGAAACCUAACAGGUGGUUGGUUGCCAUCUCAUUUGAGCAGAGUUUAUCAGGAGGCCCGGGGAAGACUGGCCGGAGUUUCUAAUUGGUUCUGUGUACAGGUAAAGGCCAUUAAACUUCAAGCACUACAACGCUGAACGGGAAUCUAAAGCUGAGAUGGCGCCACACGAAGAACAACCCGAAACGUCAGAAUCAUCUCAGAAAGAAGAAAAAAAACAAAAACAACUAAACAAUCUGCUGUACUAUACUGAAAACCUGGCUUUUGAAUAUUUUAUCCUAGUGUAGCCCUGACCUUGAAUUAGGAUUUUAUUUUAUUUUUUCCUUUACUGUUUUUCCUUUUAGAAGCAUUUGUCAUCUUUUUAUUGUGUACACGUUGAAUCAACCAACGUUUGUUUGAGUUUCUAGAUGUUCUUCAUUGUUCUUGAAUGUUCUCUGAUGAGAGCGACUAUGUAAACAUAAAAUGUCAUUUUUUUGUUUUGUUUUGGUAGUAAUAUUCCAAUAGCAGUUUCGUUUCACAGCCCUCGUCUAUCACGUUUCAUACAAGCAAGAAAACGGAUUGAAAUGACUCAGCUUGAAAAGGUGACAUUUUUAAUUCAAGCCUAAACCGCAAUGAGUGGGUAACUCAAAAAAAAUCUUAGUAGCUCUGUUCUAUGUUUAUUGUGAUGUCUUGUUAACCAUGAUUACCUAUUUUGGGCAAUAAGAGGACUACAAUAUUUUCACAGUCCUUUUUUAUAAAUGUCAUUUUUGUUGUCGAUGAAAAAAAAAAAGAAAAGAAAAAGCUUUCCUUUUAAUACUUUGUGAAAUGAGAUUUAAAAAGAAAAGAAUUCUGAAACUGUAUAUAUUAUUCUGUUCACUGCAUCAAACUGUUUCUGAGAGAGAACCAUAUUUUUGUGAUGGUGUCAUAGAGGUUGUAUCGUGCGCAAGCCGAAAUAUGUCAGUGCAAAAAUAUCUUCGAGGCUCAAUGCAGUAACCGAGGUCCAUCUGUAGCACAAAGGCCGUGAUUUACCCCAGUACGGACUAAACUCAAUCGAACACUGUUAGCUCGCUUUGUAAAUACCGUCGGCUUUACAACUGUGCAGGUGUCAUACCAGCAUAUGGAUUAGAUAGUGCGUUAAGAUGUGCACAGCUUACAAAGAGAAUAUACUUUACAAGGUAUACAGAAAUCAGCAUUGUAACAAAAGAAAAAAAAUCACGACAAAAUCCAAAGCACACAUGAACUAUGAUUUCAAACCGUGUCGAGACAUUUCAUCUUAGCCUUUCAUUUGGCGUUCUGGUGUGAGCUUCUUUUUCCCAUCGAGUGUCCGUGCGCAUCACGAUUUUUAUGCCGAACGAUUCGAAUAACAAAGGCAAUAUUUCAAAAUGUUUUGAAAUUGCUCAACGAUUAGGAAAAAAACAAUCUUUUGUACCAUUACCUCAGUCCUGUGAGAAUUACUUUAAAGGAGAUUACAAAUUAAUUUAUUUUAGCCUGAGACAGAUAUUGAAAAAAAUAUUAAAGUGUUGUUUUGAAAUUAAGUAAAGCUUUGCACUGUGAGAGAGAAUUUAUCAUUUUCUAUUUGCACAUGUGAACUGACAGUCUCUAACGUGGGUCAUGUGAAGGACCGCUGUGGAAGCCGUUUGUUUCUUUCCACGCGGGAUAACACUUACGAAUCUCGAGUCUUGGCUUGCAUUGAUUCGAAGACUGUACUUUUAAAUAAUCUCUUUCCAGGGAUUUUAUUCUAGAAUAUCAGAGAUGACAGAUGAGUUUAUUGGUAGCAAUAGUUCAUUUCCUCAGAAACACUGAAACUGAUUGAAACCAGUAGCUGCUACACACAUUUGUUGUACAUGUGGGGACUGGAUUUGAUGAGACACAAAUGGCAUUUAGAAAUAUGAAUGAUAUUUACAAUAUGAAUUGACUGAUGUAUGCUGUUAUUCGAUCUUGUUGAAAAUGUUUUAUUUUCAUUUAUUUAAUUUUUUUUUUGUUCAUUUCACUAAACUAACAGGUGAGGCAGAAUGCUGGAUUCUUUCUCAAGAAGAAGACGUGAUAAAAGUAAUAUGAUUUAAAAAAAAAAAAAAAAAAAAGACAAGACAAGAAGAACUUUGUGCUAACUGUUUGAGCUGUUUUAAAAAAGACAAACGUACAAAAAAAAGAAAGAAAGAAAAUUAUCCCGAACAUGUUUUGAAUUUAAAUAGGGAUGGAUUUUUAUCAAUAUUUUUGUGGAUGUUAAUGAUUAUACUAAAUAUAACUGACAAUAAUACAGAUAUUAUGUACUGUAUUUAUCAAUUGUUUCUCUUCAUUCCCUGUCACCUCAUUCAGUAAUCUUAUGUUGAUCAUUGUAUUUUAGUAGUGUGUAAAAAAAAAAAAAAGAAAAAAAGAAAACAACAGAAAAAGAAAAAAAACAGGAAUAUGACUUAACCUUGUAAAAGAGUGCUGUCUUGAUGCCAGUGUAGUGGUCUAUACACUUCUUGGUUGGUAUUUUUCACAUUUCCCCCCUCUCAUUCUCCUUUUGUCGUUUUGCCCUUUCUCUAUAUCUCACUCUCUCUUUAGUGAGUAGUCGUAGGUGUUAUGUACUUAAUGUUAAGAUGUAGAGGUAUUCAUUAGCAAUCGUAGGACCAGUAAGGAUAGAACUUUCUCUUUAUAAUCAUUUAAAGACAAAAAGACAAAAAAUGCUGAGCGUUAUUUUCAUAGUAAUUUUUUUUUCUUCUUCUUUUUUCUCCUUUUUGUUCCACUGUUUUGCUGGUCUCACAUGGUUUCAACUAACCAAAGCUCUCACUGAUGAAAUCUAGGAGAAAGAAAUUGCUGUAUGACAGAAUUGUAAUCAAGGCAUUAAUUGGAUCCCCACCCUUGAAUGUUUUAAAAGGGGUGUGCCAUACUACCUUAAAUGCUAACGCUAGAUAUGCAAAACCGUUUUACUUUCAUUCUUUUUUAAGAUGGACACAAGCUAUAAUUAUGAAGAGGGUGAUUUUAUUACACGAAUGAAAAAUUCAUAAAUAUUUUUUUAAUGAGUUCUAACAAAGUAAUGAUGAUGAUACAGGCUAAUCAUUAUAGAUAUGGAUAAAACUGUCAUAGGUUUUUGAUAUUUAUACUCUUCAAAAAUAUCCCAGUGGCCUGCGGCGCUACUUUUUCUUUUUUUUAAGCCUAGAUUAAUACAUACUUUAGUUUGGAGUCACCUGGGACAUACGAUAUGAUUGUUUUUGUACUUUUUAACUGCAUUGCCAGCUUUUCAUUUUAAUUCAGCAUCUACGUUCGAUACCAGACAGCAUGUCACACUAAUUAGCUUGACUUUAGUGUAAAUCCAGUGUCACUCUGAAUCUGUAUUCCUGAAUCACAUCAGUUCUCAGGGAUAUCAAACAUGAGCCACCUUCGCAAGGGAGAUUUUUAUGCUACUAGCGAGUUACGAUCAGCACAACUUUUAAUGAAAGGUGUCUAUCUCAAGUUUAUUCAAUACAUUUGAGCUAAAUUUAAAGGUGCUGUCGGAAUGAACCGUGCACAGCGUUUUCUUACUGAAGACAUCUUUUUAAACUGCAACACUAGGUGGCUCGUUGUUCUUAGUUGGGUGUCUCUUUCUUGACAAGUUGAGUAUCCAGCAUCCAUUUAGGUCUUGGUACACAUUUAGACGGUCCGUGAUUAAGCAUCUGAAGGCAAAUGUUUAACAGCAGAUGAAGCACAUUUCCCCUCUGCUGUGACUCUUGAUUAAAAUGAAGGCUGGCAACCCUUUUAAACAGUCUUUUCCAUUCGCAUUCGUUAGCCUACCCCGUUUUUCCGUAAUUUGGUCUUGUAGCUUGGACUUUAAGGUAGCAUGGCUCUGUUGCCAUCAUUUUGUUUUCCAUGGACAGCAGUUUACAGCGGAUGAAUGUUACACAUCUUGCUAGACUAGUUAAAUCAUUGGAAAAUUGUUGGUUUAAAAAAAAAAAUGAAAAUGAAAAAAAGAAAAUGACCUGGAAGGUGUUGAGUGAUUUUGGGAGUGAACUACCGUAUCCAUUUAAACUUGAAUUUUGCGGCAAGUGCUAGGCAAUGGCCAAAACGAUCAUCCCACUAAUAAAGCAGCAAAACGUUCUACACUGUAACGUCUAAUGUACAGUAUACUUGUAUACAUAUACAAGAUAUAUAUGUAUAGUGUAUAUAUCUCUUUGUUAAAUUGUUGAAACUGCCUCAUGACUCAUCAUCGUAGGUGAACUGAAGCUAGUCCACACUGUUCGUUUCAUUGGCUGUUGAAUCAUGUAUCGUGUAGGAGCUGCAGCAGAUGUACCUGGAGGCCCGGUAGUAGUUUAGCUGCAGAAUGUGUCGUGUAAACCUGACGAGGACGUGUAGCUCAAUGGGGACGGUACAGUCAAUAUUGGUGUCUUUAGGUGGAGGGUCUUAUUUUUGACACACGUCUCCCAUUUUCUCCUGAGGCCUCGGCCUCGCUGAUUGCCUUGCCCAUUCCUAACACUUGCCCAUUUUUUAAUGUUAACGGACUUUUUACCGCGAGAACUGACUGAACGGACUGACGUCUGAAAGCAUCUUUCAGGUCUUCUUGUAUGGCUUGCUCAAGCCCUGUUGUAAAAUAAACUAAAGUGGAUGGGGGUCUCUCACAUCUCAGAUGUGGAAAGUAUAAUUUUAUAUUUGUAUUUUCAAAUAAUAAUGAUAAUAAUAAUAAAAAAUGUUUGUGAAAGGUUUCCAUCCUCUACUGUGGUCCAGAAAUCAAUGUGUUUGUCUGGAAAAGAUUAAAAAAAAAUAAUAAAAAUAAAAAAAUAAUAAAAAAUACAAAUAAAAUAAAAGAGUUUUGAACCAUU